AUGACUGAUUUAUUCUUCAGUAGGGCAUGCUCUCCAAGCAGCGCUGGCAAUCUUGCCAUCAAAUCCGAUAGCGGUGUUGAUAGCGACCUCGUCGGUGGUCUUCGCAGUGGACGUGGUGCGAGUGGUAGCAGGCUGUCUGACAACGAGAAGCUUCUACUGCAUAACUUUCUCCUUCAUUGCAAACUGCCCGGACGCAAGGCAGACAGGCUUUACCUUGAAGAUGCAACUGCACUAGUUUCGGUUAGCAACAGAGUUGUUGACACUCUUCAACGCGCCUUCAACAAGUACUAUGUCGACAAGGAGCCACCGGAGUCGAUCUACAUUGUCUUUAUUCGAAUACCAGCCAGGAAAGUACCAUCGGCAGCUUUCCAUUCCGCCCAAAAACUGGCCGAAAAAUGUGGCAUGAGUGAUGCGGACAAGUUUAAACAUGAGUUUUUGUUCGAGUGGGCCAUUCCUGACGACUUUGUGGUCCACUCGGUGUCGAUCAAGACCUUAUUAGAUCGUGGACUCACGCUGAAGAAAUUCCUAAUAAAAGACCAAAGGUUGCCACCCACUGCCGAGUUGUGUCACAAAAUGCGACAUGAUAUUUUCCGCACUGAUUCGGACGCCUGGGAAAUCGGAUUGGCUCUGGGCUUUUUUGUGAGGCCAUUCGGAGCGAGGGCACCUUCUUGCUGGAUCGCCAGCCAACUCUUUUGGGACCUCAUCCAAGGCUUGUCUUGGGAGACCCUGAAGGGUUUGGGAAUUCCUCAAUCCGUGAAAAUUGAUUCCCGAGGUGGUGAAUUGGGUCAUGCGGCCCUUUCUUUCUUCGAGCAGAUAACCGAUGGCAUUGAGACAUGUUUAGACUGGUGGUUACUGGACGACCGCUUCGUGCUGGCUUUUGAGGAAUACAAGCUUUGGCGAGAUCUAAAAGAGGAGAGAAUACUGGAUGCUUGUAACUAUCUCUAUCUGAUAAUUCCUUCUCGCGGCUUCGAGUUGGCGGAAGCCAGCUUUGAGCGAGAGCAGACAAGGUUCAUGGCCGAAGUUGAAGCAGCAGCUAUCAAGAUUGGUUUAUAA